AGACACUCAGGGACUUUAGAGAUCACAGCUGAUAUUCACUCACAGACUUAAAGAGAGGAAGAGCAAUGGCAGAAUCUUCAUCAACAUCACAAAAACAAAGACCAACCAGGAGAUACAGUUUAGAAGAUUUACGUCCAAACAUGUCGUCCUCCAGUAGUGCACUAAAUGAGGAGCUUCAGUGUUCAAUCUGUCUGGAUGUGUUCACUGAUCCAGUCACAACUCCAUGUGGACACAACUUCUGCAAGACCUGCCUGAAUGAAUGCUGGAAAAACACUCAGAACUGCAGCUGUCCAUUCUGUAAAGAAACAUUCAGCAAAAGACCUGAUCUGAAGAUUAAUACAACACUCAGAGAGUUCGUGCAACACUAUAAGAAGAAGUUUAUUCUGGGUAAAUCUGAAGUUCUCUGUGACCUCUGUGAUGAAAGAAAGCAGAAAGCCGUGAAGUCUUGUCUGAUGUGUCAAAGCUCUUACUGUGAAACUCACCUGGAGCCUCAUCGGAGAGUUCUGGGUCUAAAGAAACAUAAACUGAUGGACACUGUGGAGAAUCUGGAGGAUUAUAUAUGCCAGAAACACGAGAGACCUCUGGAGCUGUUCUGCAGAGAUGAUCAGAAAUGUGUGUGUUUGUCCUGCACUGAAGGAGACCACAAGACUCACAACACUGUUCCUAUAGAGGACGAGAGUGCAGAGAAGAAGAAUCACCUGGUAAAGACACAGACAGACGUGCAGCAGAUGAUCCAGAACAGAAUGAAGAAGAUUCAAGACAUCCAACACUCUGUCGAGAUGAGAAAGAGAAACACAGAAGAAGAGAAAUCACACAGUGUUGAGGUGUUCACGGCUCUGAUUCGCUUCAUUGAGAGAUGUCAGACUGAAGUUGUUGAGAUGUUGGAGGAGAAGCAGAAAGCAGCAGAGAAACAGGCUGAAGAUCUCAUUAAAGAGCUGGAGCAGGAGAUCACUGAGCUAAAGAGGAGAAACUCUGAGCUGGAGCAGAUCUCACACACUGAAGAUCAUCUUCAUCUCCUACAGAUUGACCCAUCCCUGUACAGCCCAAAAAAUAAUAAGAACUGGACUGAGAUCAGUAUUAACACUCAUGUGAGUGUGGACACUCUGAAUAGAGCUCUGACUCGACUCAAAGACACUCUAGAUCAAAAACUUGGUCAAACUGUAUUGAGGAGGAUGCAGCAGUAUGCAGUGGAUGUGACUCUGGAUCCUGAUACAGCUCAUCCUAAUCUCAUCCUGUCUGAUGAUGGAAAACAAGUGACAUGUGGAGACAUUAAACAAAUCCUCCCAGAUAAACCAGAGAGAUUUGAUACAUGUGUCUGUGUUCUGGGAAAGAAGGGAUUCAGCUCAGGUAGAUUUUAUUUUGAGGUGCAGGUGAAGGGAAAGACUGAGUGGGAUUUAGGAGUGGUCAGAGAAUCCAUUAACAGGAAGGGAAAGAUCACAGCGACUCCAGUGAAUGGAUUCUGGACUGUGAGGUUGAGGAAUGAGAAUGAAUAUAAAGCCUGUGCUGGUCCUCCUGUCUCUCUGUGUGUGAGAGUGAAGCCACAGAAGGUUGGUGUGUUUGUGGAUUAUGAGGAGGGUCUGGUCUCCUUUUAUGAUGUGGAGUCCAGCUCUCAUAUCUACUCUUUCACUGGUCAGUCUUUCACUCAAACACUCUUUCCAUUUUUUAGCCCAUAUUUAAAUCAAAAAGGUAAAAACUCAACUCCACUGAUCAUCACACCUGUCAGUUACAAUUAAUGAAUUUACAUCCCAUAAAUAUAAAAAACUACAUGAACAUUAGAUUUGUACAUUUCUCAAAAGAAAAUAUGAGGUAUGGUUGCUAGGGAGAUCUGGAUGGUUGCUAGUGUGUUCUGUGUACUUUAUUUUGAGCACAAUAUCACUGACUCUGUGCACUUGAGCCGGGAAACAUGAGAACAAACUUCUCCAUCAAUGAAACUGUCUCCAGCUUUUCCACAUCACUGAGAGAGAGAAAAUAAACUUUUCACACUCUAAGAACAGUGUUUAUCAUAUUUAAAACAGCACAUGAUGUACAUUUAAGGGUUUUUGUGACAGAUUUAAAACAGCUCACCUCAGAUUAAAACAGUAUAAAAACAAAAUUGAUCAUCUUAACCAAAAACAAUCUUUCUGACUCUCUGCAUUUCAUAUUCCUCUAUAUGGAACAAAACAUUCUUCAACACUUGCAGCAGUGGAUUCUGAAAUGUGAUCUUGACAGUCAAUUCACAUAAAAACACACAAUCAAUCAAUGAAUGUUCCGACCCUGGACCUAUUUGUUUGUUCUUAUAUUUUUGUCCUUUUGUUUAAUUACAUCCAUGGAUGUAUGACAUUUUAUUGCAGUUGCGGAGUUCUGCUUCCCUUGUGUGUGUUUCUGUUUUGUCGCCUCUUCUUCUCUCUCUUUGCAGGCUGACCAACAUCUGGUGUCUUCAGUUAUGACUGCCAAUCAGUCCUCUGUCAGGAUUGGUUGGUGUGGAAAAGAGCUUCAGGAUAAAAUCCCAGCAGAACCUCUCUGCAUUGGCUCUUUCUCCUCUCCUGUGUCAGACAUGUUGUAUUGCUGUAGUUGAUUGUUGGUUUUAGUAGGUAACUGUUGCUACAACCAAUUUGACUGUGGAUGUUUCCAGUCUUUCAUUGUUGUUGAGCUCUUAAUCCUUUUUUAUUUAAAUGGUAUAAUUAAAAUGAGUAGUUGGGAGGUGGGUGUCAUUUUGUUUAAUCUUGUCUUUUGUCCUGUUUUGAGUUUGAGUGGAUUUAUGUUGUUUAUUUGCAUUUUAUUUUGUAGUUAAGUUAGUUUCGAUUCUUCUUGAGCAACUGGUGAAAUUAUAUUUGUUAUUUUAGUCUUUGUCCCCACCUGGAGCCUUUGCGACUUCCAUUUU